AUGCCUCCUCUGCCGGGCGAUCCACACCCAAGUCGUCAAUCAGACUUUGACGGUAUUGGAUUGAGUCACUCAGGCGUAGAUGACACCAGAGACCCUGACGAAGAUGACAACCAUCCAUUUAGGAUAAUACUUCAAAUGAAUGAGUUCACCGAGAGCGACAAGCGGGUAAAGGAUGCAGUAUUGUAUUGCAAGUCACAAGCGGAUUUCUUAAAAACUUCUGGUGUUCCCCUUUAUGUCGGUAGUGCCGCUGGAAAGAACAUUGAUCCCCAAGUUCGGAAGAUAGCUCUGCGUCUGAAUCAGUUCCUUGAUAAGUUAAUCACCUUGGCUUCAAUACGUUCGGACGCGUUGUAUUCAAAGUUGCGAAUCCUACUAGCCCAGGGAGAAGCAUACGAAACUUUUAAGGCUGCAAUGAAUGAGCUGGAUGUCUCUUUAAAGUGCAAUACAAUCUGGGAAAACGACUCCGUUGCUUAUCGCUGUAAUACCUGUGCCCUAACUCCUUGUAUGUCUCUAUGUGCUUCCUGCUUUCAAGCCGCAAAUCACGAAGGACACGAUUUCACCCGGUUUUUCUCGCGGGAAGGUGGAGCAUGUGAUUGUGGUAACUCAGAUGUGAUCAAACCCAUAGGAUUUUGUCCCCGUCACGGUGAAAACGCUGUGAGGCCACCUUCACCUUCUCCACUUAUCGUUUCUCUUCCUCGUCAUAUUUUCAUGAAACUAAUUGUCUGUCUUUUCCUGGAAUGGCGAGGUUUUAUCGAUCGAUACUCACAAGAACAGGAGGCACAAGGUUGGGAAGAACCUUACAAUGUAUCUAGUUUUUGUGGUACUCUGGUCUCGCCCGUUACUCUUUUGAUCAAUUUUCUGCAGGAAUGUGUUGACUAUGGUGGGCCCAUGCGUGAAGCCAUGGCUGAAAUUCUUAUGGAUAAAGAUUUAUACUCGGCUUUAACGGAAAGAAAUUCUGAUGAUGCUGAACUUGCUUAUACAUCCGAUAUGUCACUAGACUGGCGAACGAGAAUGAAAUUCCAUGAUGAUCGCAUGAGUCUUUUCUCAGAAAAGCUCAAGUCGUUUUUCCCUGAUCUUGAACCUGAGAAGCUUCUGAAAUGUGAGUGUUUGCUGGAUGAACUUUUAUUUUGGGUCAUUCGUAUGAACUUCCCUCAAAACCUCAUCAACUUCUCCCUAAGCAUGUUAUCCGAACCAAAUUACACGAUGUUGUCAUCAGAGGCUCUAUGUAAACGACUCAACGAUAAUUGUGAUCUCGUCAAUGUUGUAUUGAAUACUGCAUGUUAUUUACUAACAGCAAAGCUACAGAAAACAGAGAUGACCCUAGAUCCAUUUUUCUUACUCUGCACAAGCCCAAAGCAACUUGAGGACAACCAAAGUGACUGGGAGGUCAUGUUCCUUGAAAGGAAUGCGACGAUGACUCAGCAUGGAUACUGGUUCGUUAUGGGUGAUAUGCAAAAUUUACUAGCUCAUUCCUCUCUGGCUAUAAAUACAGUUCUUCAUCCUACAGCGUUUUCCUACACCUAUGUGAAGUUGCUAAAGAGGAUGCAAGGAAUGAAUGUGAAUUGGCGGAUCAUUCGGGGUGAACACAGAGAAAAUGACAAUACUGAUCUCGUUCAACGAUCAUUCACGUUGGAGUUUGAAGCACUUGCAUUGACCAUGUUCAACUUCAUUGGUGCCAUUACUCAACAGCAACACUACGUUGCGGCGGCUGCGUUUUUUGACAGAAUUUUGGAUGCGCUGUCGGCAUGGCUUCACGCUAUUGGCGGAUGGUCAAGUGGAGAAGUGCUAACUUGUCCAAAGUAUUGCGUUUCUUUCCAUCUUCCUCUGCACAGACAUCUUUCAACAGCGUUAACCCACUUUAAUGACAUGGAACUCUUCCGGAAACAUGUUGAGGAUUUUCGAAAAGACGAACAAUUACUCCGAAGAAUUUUGCUACAUCCCUUGAAGAUCCAGGUUGCACGUGCUGAGUACUACGCUGGUAUGUGGGUCCGCAACGGUAAUCAACUGAGAGUUCAAGCAAUCAUUUAUGCUCAGCCUCAUAUUAAUACCUCAUUCCAAACGCCCGACCUUGACUUGAUCAGGUACUGUGCUGCUAAUGUGGAUCCUGACUGGUUCAUGGAUGCCUUGAUACACAAUUUCCAUCUUGUUGAUGUAUUCCGAUUUGCUUUCAUCCACAAACGUGCUUCUUCUGAUAGUAGCAUGGACGUGAGCGAAGUGGAUGAUUCAACGAAAACGGCGAGAGAAUUAGAUGAUACCCUUCCAGGCAAUGGUCGUUCAACUCCGGAUGAUGUCGCUGAUGCAAAUUGGGAGAAAUGCGCGGAGAAAAUCAAAGUUAUUCUCAAGGAUCUGCCUCCAGGCAAAGCCGAUGUGGUUAUGGCCGCUCUCAAACAACGCACACUGAAAGACUUUGCCACUACUUCGGAACCAUCCUCAUCGACCCAACCAGCAGAAGAGGAGGUAGAAAAUCUGUUCGAGUUGGGAUAUAUUUUCAAUGAGGACCACGCGGAUGUCAUCACUAGAAUGGAGUGGAUUGACCCGAUGAUAGCAUCAGCACUACGGCUUCUGAGCGAGUUAGUCGUGCUUUUGGCAAAUUGUGGUGCAUCUAGCGAAGCCGCUCUUCGUUCAGAAAUGGUGAAUGCUCUCGCAGGUGGACCUCAUACUCAUUCACGACUUCGCUCAAUCAUAGCUGAGAAAGGGAGCAGAGGAGCUGAGUCGGUUGAUCCGGUUUUCGAUCGAAUUUUGAACGAAAUUGCGGAUUUCUCCGAGCCGGUCGCUGUGCCAGGUGGUCAAAUGCGGCAAGGAUCUUAUCAACUUAAAACUGAGGUGUGGUUGAAUGAGUUCUGCCCUGUGCUUUGUCAACAUCGAGCUCUCUAUCCGAAAUCGAGCACAGGAGUUUUGAUGGAUGUAGAGAAAAUGGAACGGGAGAUUCUUGGAACUGAGGAGAAAAUUCAUCAGAUGUGGAUACCAUACCAGCUCACGGAUUUUUCUGAUUCGAUGCGGCAUGAGUCUGUUCGUGAAAUCGCAAGGAUUUUACUCUGCGACCGGUUUAUUCAACUUUGCAUAGUGGUUCUUGAAGCGGGUAUAACUGGACGACCAGAAAUUCGCGAAACAACCACUCAGCUGGUAGUCUAUCUGCUCACGCUUGCUUAUAAAUACAUGUUCUCUCUUCCACAACCUGAAAGACUGGCCGCUUCAAAACGGUUCCGAAGGAGUUAUAUUGCGACAGAAGGGUUAAAGGUUGUGCAACUACCACUUCUUGUGUUUGUUCUUUUUGUGAUUGAAUGUGAGAAGCGCGGCAACAAACCAAAGCUACUGAAACGUACAGUUGCUGGCGAAUUCGACAAAAAGCGCAUCUUGGGUGGUGCCGCAGAAUAUCUGGGCAGGCUCGUGACAUUCAUCAGCAAAUGUGACGAAGGAGUUCACCUAUCCCUUCUUUCUGCUUUGGAUGAUUGUGAAAAAGAAAAGGAAACCGAGAAAGCGGAAGAUGCUAAUGACCAAAAGGCUAUUCAGGAGCGAAAAGCCGCAGCAAAACGGAGGCGAGAAGCAGUGUUUGCUGCCAAUAAGAAGAAAAAUUCUGAAGUUAUGAAGAGAUUGAUGGAGAAAGAGGGCCUAACACAAAAAGACAUUGAUUCAAUCGAUACAACUCAGCACGACGUUCGUCUCUAUGAGUGUCCGAUUUGUGGCGAGCUUGAUACUCCAUCGACAUUGCGUAACCCGCUUGGAAUGCUUGUUCGGGUUACUAACAAUGGGUUAUGUGACAACUUAGUGCCAGUCGAAGAACCCGAGUUGAGCCUACUCGGCUGGGACGAUGAGCGUAAAGGACAAACGAUUGUCAGAAAUUUCAUUAGAGGAUGGAAAAUUGCGCGUAAUGAGCUUACACUGUUUUAUUCCGAUAUUAUUGGGAUGUCAACUUCUGUGGAGCUGAAGACCUGCGGGCAUACUGUACAUAUGAAAUGUUUUAAUGCUUAUCGAGAAACUCUUAGAAAUGACCAACGUGUCGCGGAAUCUCGACGUUCUAUUCGGGAUGUGUCAUGCUUCCUGUGCCGGUUCAGCGUGAAUGCUCUACUACCGUUACGUAUCGACUGGGGCUUCGAGACCGCGAAUCGAGACACAUUGCUAGAUAACCGUUUGAAGACAUCUGAUGAUUACCGCCCUUACUCUGAGCAUUUCACGGAACACAUCUACGAUCUGAUGGAUACUCGUUACUGGAAUAAAUCGGAUGAUGAGGGUGCUUCGAUCUUUCAAGUACAAACUCAACUUGUUGCACUAAUAAAGGCAACUGUGGGGAGAUGUAUUCUUCUGAAGAAAAUCAAUGUCCCCGAACGGCGGAAAGGGACGCGAUCAACUGUGACGGAACAUCUAAUCGCAGCAUGUGUUUGCCGUACAACACGACGAGACGAAGAAAUCAGCCUUUCCGCUGUCCGAGAUCUGCUGCUAUACAAGUAUGAGCCAAAUCUAACGAUGCAAGUGACCGAAGAAGAGCCUUUGACAUUCUCAGAUGACGAUUUGAUCAACGUUUCUGACAUUCGGCGAGAAGAUUUAAUCGCACUGCAAUCUACUUCUGCCAGAGAGCGAUCUCGUCGGCAUUCACUGACGGAUAAGCCUGUGAAUUCGAGAACAUAUUACCUCGACAAGCCGUCUUCCGUUCCGCUUCUACUUUUCGAUCUGAAAUCGCUGCUAGUUCGAUUGAGUGCCUUCGUACUGGACAAUCAGCAUUAUAGUACAGAUGACAAGAAAAAGCUUUGUCAAGUCUUGGCUCGAAGUGUACUGUCCGCAGUCUGUGUGAAGACCAUCCUCCGUCUGCUGACGCGAAGCUCGCAGUCAACACUCGAUGACAUUGCCUCAGGCAAAAAUAGCGAGAAGUAUUUAACAGGGCCGUUCGCUCAUGUGCCUCGGCUGGUUUGGAACCGCCUUUCAUCGAAUGCUGCAUACCUAAGUAGCCUCCUCGAAGUGAUUCACCAUGAUAGCUGGCAGGAAGAGAAGUCAUUUGGCAAAGCCUUUGAAUGGACAAUGGUCGAUUUCGCAUUGUUUGUGAUAGAGUUUUGGCAACACGUUGGACUUCUAAAAGCCAGUCCAGUAUGCGAUUACAACAGCACAAAGCUUGAUGAGGCGCUGAAGAAUCUAGGCCUUGGUGGGUUCUUCUGUAGUAGAUAG